CAAGCAUUUGACACUAAUGAAUUGUACGUGCGAUAUACUGAGUGUGUACGGCGAGCCUUCAUUCAUUCAUUCGGUAUUUCUCGCUCCGAUCCCCGUACCCACUUUACUACGUGACGCCGCGCUGUGUAGUUGUAGCUCCCAUCAUCGCAUUGCACCUGUUUCGUGAAUUAAGGAAUGGUGUGGGUUUGUUGAUGUGCUGAGUUAUUCACCAAAAACGAGAUGCUCUGUUCACGAUUUCAUCGUUUUUAGAAUUUUUCAUUGUGAACAAGGCCUACCCAUGAAUUGAAGAUACAGGAGGAGGAAUAUAUUUAAGAAUUUCAAGAGCGGUUUUACCAUAGGAGCUUGAAAAUGGCCGAAUACGAUGGGAAUAUAGUCACGGAAUGGCUUCGAUCCUUAGACAUGCUUGCCUAUUCGCAAGCUUUCUUGGAUAACGGGUAUGAUGAGUUGGAAACGUGCAAGCAAAUUGGACCAGAUGAUUUGGACGCGAUCGGAGUUGUGGAUUUGGAACAGAGAAGCGAUUUGCUUAUGGCCGUGGAUAGGCUACGAGAAGAAGGAGGAACAGCAGUUUAUUUCACCCUUGUUGGUCCAUCUUCCGACGAUGAAGGAGGGAGUACCAUCGACGAGCUCUCCACGGGGAGGGUACCAAGCGUGGACUGGACCGGGAGUGAUGCGGGGUCGGCCGACUCCAGGGCUCCGUUGGUGAGCCGGGUCGGACGAACGCCGUCGAUGGAAUCGGCAGAUGCUAAUUUAGGAUUAGGUUUAGGAUUAGUGGGUAUACCGCAUGUAGGAUAUCGGGAUUCUCCCGGUUUACAGAAUAGAGGAUUAUACAGGGAGAGGAGGACAUCAGCAGAUAGCCGAGUUUUGAGUAAUACCCCUGAUAUACUACGGAAGGUAAGUAGACAAUUGCACAAUCAAUACACAGCACAACUCGCAGAAAAUACAUUGCAAUAGGGGG